UUGGAACAAUAUUAGGUCCUCGUCAUUCUUCAAUAGCGCAUGAGCUCCGUUCGAGAAAAAGGACAAUAUUCAGAAGUACGACGAGGAGCGCGACGAGAAGCUCAAGGCUCGCAUGCACAAGAAUGACAUGGUCUCUCCGAACAACAUUCUCUGCCAGUGGCAAGAUAUUGUAGCUUGCAUCGAGUUCAAGAGAAAGCAACCUGCGUCCGACACGGCACCUACAGUUCUAUCUUCCCGCCUUACUGCUGCCCAGCUGCAGGUCCAGCUCCAAGCACAAGGCCAGGGAUACUUUGGAAUCGCCGCGAAAAAAACCGAGAGCAAGCCCGACGGCACGGACACCGACCUAGAUGUGACCAUCCAGAAGGGCCUCUAUGCCGCCGAAUUUUUUGCGGCCAAGGUUGAGGAAAUCGCUAAGGUGCACGCUACCUCAAAAGACGAUACUCCUGAGCUGCUCUGGCACCACACGCUCACGACUCCGACAUUCGAUAUCCGGGAAGCACUCAGCGUGCAAGAACCCACCAAGGGCAGUCGCGUACUCUACAUCCUCGAAUCCCGCAAGCUUCAGCCCAUUACGGGACUACACGGCAUAAAGUUUUUUGAUGCGUGGCAGCAGUGUAUCAAGUGUCAUGUUGCUCUGUGGAAGGGAGGGGUGUAUCACCGGGAUGUCAGCCCUGGAAACAUGAUGUGGUACGAGAAAGACGGGAAGCUCAUAGGCGUUUUGAACGACUACGAUCUGUCCUCGUUGGCGAGUGACCGAGGCCCUCGGGGCAACGAACGCACGGGCACCAUCCCAUUUAUGGCAAUCGACCUUCUCACCGCAAAGGGCCAACGCGGCGAAGUCAAACAUAUGUAUCGCUACGAUAUGGAAUCAUUUGUGUGGGUUUUCAUCUGGGUUUGCUUGCGUUACAGGGAGGGAGUCCUUCUGGAAACGGGAUCGCGCCCUUUGGAUAAAUGGGCGACCAAGAGCGCCGUGGAAUGUGGUCAGAUGAAGCACUGGUUCCUGAGGGAAUUGGAAAAUUACUACCCCACAGACAUUGAGAAACAUAUGAGGUUUUUCAUCGUGGAUUGUGUCGAGAUACUUCUAGAGGAUUCCAAGGAUCGAACUUCUCGCCGCAACCUGCUACUGAAGUCAGAGGCAACUAAGCAGUCCGACGAUGAGGGGCCGGAGGAUAUCGAUGGUUUUCUAUCCAAGUUUACAUCCAUGUCGACCUGGAAGGACCUCAUUAAGCUCAUCAACUCUUCACAGUGAUUUCUGUAGUCCUACAUGCGGUUUUCUGUACUCUUACAUGUGGUUUUCUGUCAAUCGAUACUGGUACCUUACAGUUGUUUAUAUCAUCGACGAUUUUGGGACCAGAUGAUCUAG